CUCCAGGUCAUUGGCGCGGGCUGCGGCCGCACAGGCACGACCUCGCUCAGCAUGGCCCUCGAGCGGCUUGGGUUUGGACCGUGCCACAGCAUGGCUGCGGUGGCGAAGAUGGUACGCGAGCGGCCGUGGGCUCGCGCGCUGGAGGAGCCGGAGCGGGCCGACUGGCGCGGGCUCCUCAGCGGCUUCGGCUGCAGCGUCGACUUCCCCGCGUCGGUUGCGUACCAGUGGUUGCUCGCGAGCUUUCCAGACGCCAAGGUGAUCCUGACCGUGCGCGACCCGCACGACUGGGCGCGAUCUGUUGCCACGACCAUUUGGAGCGAGUACAGCGCCGAGCGCUCGGCUCUGCUUGCGCCUUUCCGCUCGGCCGCCCGCAGGCUCGGCCGCGCCUACCGCGCCCACUUUUUUGAGGACUCUGACGGCGGCGUAAUGUCUGGAGAGCUGCGUGACACGCGUGCGCUCGCCACCCGCUUCGAGGCGUGGAAUGCGCGGGUCGCCGCGGCGGUGCCGCCGGAGCGGUUGCUUGUCUUUCGCGCCUCGGACGGUUGGGCGCCGCUGUGCGCCUUUCUCGGCGUGCCCGUGCCGCGCACGCCCUUCCCGCGCGCCAACGAUAGC